UCUCUUAUUACUUGUUCAUUUUACACUGAAAAAGGAACAGAUCGUAACAAUCCAACAUGUUGAAUAGCGGGGGCAGCGUUAACACUCACAUCGAGGCUUCAUCAAAGCCGUCGUCGUUUGAGUUCCCUGGAUUUGAGAAGGGUGGCUUGUUUGAUCUCGGCCACCCUCUCCUCAACCGCAUCGCCGAGAGCUUUGUCAAGGCCGCCGGGAUCGGAGCUAUUCAGGCUGUGUCACGUGAGGCUUACUUCACAGCCACUGAAGCUUCAGGACUUGAUUCAAGUAAUGGGACGCCGCCGGAAGUCUCAGGCCAUAAAAGGAAUCGCUUCCCAGACCUCAGAGGUGGUAGCAACAGCAAAUCUCUUGAAGCUAUGGUGAAGUCCACAGGAAAGGAAUCCCUUCAAUGGGGACUAGCUGCGGGGGUGUAUUCGGGCCUUACUUAUGGACUGAAGGAGGCUCGUGGAGCCCAUGACUGGAAAAACAGUGCCGUUGCUGGAGCAAUUACUGGUGUGGCUCUCGCACUUACAUCCGACUGUUCCUCCCAUGAGCAGAUUGUGCAAUGUGCUAUUACUGGAGCUGCCAUUUCCAGUGCUGCAAAUCUUCUUUCGGGAAUAUUUUAGGGUGCUAAGGUUGCUGAUGUACGUUUGGGUCAUAUUUGUUCUAAUAAGAGUUGGAUGUCUUCUUUAUAGUUAAGCUCUAGAGAUGUAAAUGUUUCCAUCUCUUGUUCCAGGAAGUAGACUACUAGUUAGGAAUGUUGCUUU